UCCUCCUUCCUAGGCCGUUGCUUGAUUCUCGCUUCGGCCAAAAUGAUGACGUCUGUGUCUCAAGCUAGGUCGCUGGCGGGCUGCCGGGCCUUCGGCAGCGUCCGGCCCCGUGUUGCAGCGCGCAUUGCAAAUGGAACUCUCUGCCACAUGGCACGCAAGGAUAGCUACAUGGUUGAGGUUGAGGUUGCCGAGGAUGAGCCGGAGGACGUGGCUGUGCGGCGCUACAUGAAGCUCGUCAUGCAAAGCCGGGUGGUUGAGAAGCUCCGCGCUCGCAAGGUCAAGGAGACAAAGAUUGAGGAGUACAAGCGGCGUUUCCGUGAGCGCGUUGAGAUGCGCAAGGCCGGCAUUGUGGAGCCGACAUACGAGGAGCUCUACAGCAGCAGUGAAAUGAUGGACCGCGGGCCAUUUGAUGACUUCUUCUCUCGCCGUGACGAAGAGGAUCCAGAGGGUGCCUACGAUGGACUCGGCGACGGGUUGGCUGAUGAUAUCUUUGGUAACUUCGCUGGAGGCUACGUAGACCGCUGGACCACGCAAUCCGGCGGCUACAUGAGCGGCACCAGCUUCAACAACACUAGCAACUGGCAAGGAGGCUACAUGUGAAGGCGCUUUAAGCUUUCUGAGGCCGCUCGGCAAGCACAAGUAGUGGUUGACGGCUUUUUUGCGGUGAACAGUUAGGGGAGCCAUGGAAAACGCGUUUGACAGCUUGUCGCAAUCCUAGCGCAGCUAAACUGCAGAACCAGCGCUGUUGCGUCCAGCAUGCAGCUCCUGGUUUGUCCUCGCUUUGGAGGCGCCGGUUGCUUGAUGGCAACUUUCCGUUGCCUAAGAAGCUGGAUUGGCCGUGCCUUUCAAUCUCGUGCAAAAGCGUUUUGUGAUGUGAUAACGAGAGCCGGUAUGCGUGUGGCGUUUGCGACCCAGGACCACGUGCAAUUGGCUUUGCCCCAAUUUUGCUUGCAUAGGGGCUUUGCUGCGAAACUUUUAAUCGUCGUGGUGCUGCAGUUCAGGGGCAUGCGUUAGGCUUUGGGGCUCUGGCCGGUGUGCGGGGACGGGUGUCUGGAGUCUUAGAUGGAAAGAGGGGAGGCGAGGGUUUAAACAGCUUCUCAUGUGUACUCUUGAAAUGUUGGGUGACGCCUUCAUGCCAUGGAGGCUAUACCACUGCUGUAGUGGUGAGAUGUCGGGACGUGCACGGAACAAGACUGGUGCAUUGCCACGCGUAUGCGGUGUCGUCUGGUUGCCUUGUGGAGCGGGUCAUGUUCCCAUUUGGGUGGUGUGAAUGUAAAACUCGUGAAGC